AUGGAGCUGCGCGAGAUGAGCGUCGCGACCGCAGACGAGACCGCGGAGCUCCUGCCGUCCCGGCGCGACGACAACGAGAGCUACUUCAUCGAAUACGCCAUUCAGAAGGAGAUUAUUAACCGCAACCGAUGCUCGGCCAGUCGGCGUCUCCUCCUCAGCCAGACCGCCGCUCAACUGGCGGACUAUAACCUCGCGAACAGCAAUCACCAGAAGGACUCGCCAAUUAUUAGCAUCAUCCAUCCUUCUGGCCCUAACUGGCCACCCUCGAGGAAAAGGGAAGAAGCUAGAGCCCUCGAGAAUUUGAGGAAGAGGGUCGAACAGUCCAAGCUCUGCAAAGUGAAUCCGAUCUCGGAUCCUGGAGGAUCUUCUUCGGCAAUGAUGAAUACUGCUCAACUUCAGCAACUGGACAACCGACCGAAACUCCUGAAGAAGAUUCUCAGCAACAAACCGAUGAGCAUAGCGCACGAUAGCAGCGACCUGGAAACGGACUGGAGGGACAGCGAGUUCAUCACGGAGUGCCUUUGCUGGCACAAUGUCUAUCGACAGCGACACAAUGCCCCACCUUUGACAAUGUCCCCGCAGUUGUGUGAAUAUGCGCAAACCUGGGCGAAUCAUCUGGCGCAUACCAAUACGUUUUACUACCGGAACGAUCGAGAGGUGGGCCAGAAUUUAUACUGUCGACCUGGCGGGGCUGUUCCUGGCGAUGUCCCUGGACAGGAUGUCGCUGCAUAUUGGUACUCCGCGGUCAGGCAGUACGACUUCUUCAAGGAGCCGGAUGUCCUGCACGCGAACGUUAAUGCAGGUCACUUCACGCAGCUCAUAUGGGCGAGCAGCCGGUACUUCGGAGUCGGGAAGGCGCGCAGCCGGAGUGGCAAGAUCAUCGUGGUGGCCAAUUACGAGCCGGUCGGCAACGUCUCGGGCCAAUUCCAAUGCAACGUUCUGCCGCCCUUGCCGGACUGCGCGAACCUCCCGCUCCCAUCGCCCCCGAGGAUUCGGCAGAACGACGCGCCCGAGCACUUAGACGCUUCCACCGACAGCAACAGUUCCAUAAGCACGCAAUAAUACAGACGGGUCACCUGCCUGUGCUGCGUCUGCACGAGGUGGGCGCAGAGGUGAGCCCCGAGUCUUCGCAUUUUCACCCAGCGCGCGCCCCCUCGGGAGAAAAACAAAAUGGCGGCGGCUGCCGAUCAACCUUCACGCCUUCCUCCAUUUUCACAUGGUUUACUCCCUGGAAUCCUGUGAAAUAAAAUGUAAAGAUGGGAGUGCCACCGGGAAUUUGUUUAUAUAAUUGAUAAUAAUUAGGUAAUUAUGGCAAUGAAGGGUGAAUGGUAAAAGUAUAAUAGAAGAAAGAAGAGGAGGCAUGAAGGUUAGGUAUAUAUAUAUCUUUGUACCUUCGUUGUCUUUAAUAAGCCACUCAGUUGACUCGAGGCCUUUUUAGUAAGAAGUGUUACGCUGUUCAAUGCGAAGUUGUGGAUUUUGUCGGCUUCGUUGAUAUUACAAUUAUCGCCAAUUUGGGUAUUACUGAUUUUCACUGAAAAAGGUCGAAUGACUGGGGUUUUAAAUGAAGAUGUAUUUAUAUUGGUUAAAUGAAAGAAAUAUCAGUAGUGACCAAUUGAAGGGAAGCGACAAAAAUUCAAGGGAUAAUUUUAGAGAAAUGUUUAAAAACUGGUCAUUUGGUCUUAUUGUUAAAAUCCGUAAUUUCGUAUCGAACGACCUAAUACUUGAUUUUACUGACACGAGGAGUGCACUAAAAGCUAUGCAUUUUGAACUGGCCGGAAUAUGACGGCCAUGUGUCAUAGUAAAAUAUCGGUUUUGCAGAGUACUGAAUUUUGCGUUCAAUGCGAUCUCGGGGUCUUCUAAUUGUGUUUAAAGGCGACGGGCUCAUUGCGCGAGGCAGCUGUUAAAAUGGCACCGAUAUUCCAAAAUCACGAGGAGAGGUGUGUGGGUUUCACGUCGGUGAUAAUCGAGUCGAGGCUGACCUUUGAUUCAUAUGUUGCGCCCCUUUAGAGCGCAUGUCGUGCAUUGAACGUGGUACAUACCUACGGCGUGAGUAUUUGUAGACUGCUUUUUGAUUUAUUUUUUUGUAAUUCGAGAAGCCUUACACCUUGGGCGGGCCAUUAGUUAGGAAGAGUCUUUGACAUCGACGCGAAGAUACGUAAUUUUCUACGACGAGAAAAAGAAAAGAAAAAUUCGCCAGAGUCGAGAAUAAUAUUGCAUUGGGUGGGUCAAGGUUCACCAAAUGUCUCCAGUCCUGCGUUCUAUUUCAGCGAUUUUCAAGUGAAAUUUCUUUUAGUACGAUAAAUACGUGUAAUCUUGCAUGUCAUGAAACUGAAAUGUUUUUUUUAAAGUUAAUUAUUAUUUACAAUUAUGUUUCAAUUCUGUCACUUUUGGUCCUGACAAAAUUUCCGAAAUUUUUAUAUUUCAAGUUCACUGCACUUUACAUCCUUUGUGUUUUAAUAUCGGGACAAUUUGCGUUAAUGUUUUCAUUAGCAUCGGUGCUCCAUUUUCUCUUGGUUAAUAUUUAAAUUUUAGUAAAAAUAACAGGGAUAAGAAAUGAAAACAAUCAUGGCUAAAACAAGUAGUAUGGAAGGGUAUAUCGUGAAUUAUUAAGACUAAUUAUUGGUAUCCAGUCAUUUUUUAAAAAUUUAUUUUCACGUAGUGAUUUUUUUUUCCGUGCAAUAUCGAUAUAUUUUUUUCAUUCGACAAAAGCAUGGUUGUUCACAUGGUUCGCAUGGUUGGUGACAAUUUUCUACCCAAUGAAAUAUGGUUCGCGACGACAGUAAACCUAGGGAAUGGGAAAAACAUGUCCUUAAAGCUCUUCCGAAAACAAACGAAAAUUAAAAGAAACCCGAACUGGCGAAACUACAAUCAGAAACGUCAUCAAGGUAUGAAAAGCUGCUCAGAAGUUUUAUGUACCUAACUAUAAAGUAGGAAAUAACGACGUCGCGACAUCGAAAUCGCACAAAAUGCGAGCGACGAGACGCGUUGCCUAUGAAAACAGAUACUAAUUUGAUAUAUAAGCGUAGUAUCGAGGUAGAAAGAGCAAACGGUGAAAACGAACCGAAGAGGGGGUUUGCAAUCUCGGCGAUAUUCAGCAUUGAAAAUUUCAAUGCAAGGUCGACUCACGAGGGUCGAGCUUAUCGUUCCAGACCUUUGCCCAGGCUUCGUGCGAACCAAAAAUAGGAGGAUUAAUUUGCAUUCAAUGAAUACCAUUAAACCGUAAAUAUAACUCAACAGCUGGUUACGCGAUUAGAUAUUUUAGUUUACGAAUUAAUUGAUGAAAUCUUCGCAAUUAAGAGUACCCGAGUCGAAAUUUCAGCCGCACUAAAUAAUUCGUUCAACCUUGCACGUUUGCACAAAUCUUGUUUAUUUACCUCAGACUAGAACCAAGGACACAUUUUUUUUUUUUAAUGAAAUAUCGUGAGCAUCACGUUCUUUCUUAGGAUCUCCACGCGCUGAAAUGUCAAAUUCGAUGCAUCUAAUUUGGAGAAAAGUUUCAUAAAUAUUUUGACGUUUUGAUAUAUAGAAUGACCCUUUCAUAACACUUAAAUAUUUUUCAUUUUCUGAGUGAUUAACCCCUCGACUAGUUUAACCUAGUAGUUUAACAAAUUGCUUACUCAGCUGUGAAACCACUCACUGAAUGCAAAUGCGUCCAUCGUCAACGUGGUCGUUGGGUCUGGACUAGGAAUAGUUUAGUUAAGCUAAGAAGCCGUGCCUAUAAUUGUAAGUUUUUAUGACCGUUUGCUAAAUGUUGUUUGGAAGCGUGCAAAGGGAUUUUUAUGAAUGUUCGGUGCUUAGUUGGAGAGCGAAAUACCCUAAUGUGCACCUGGCCUCGGUGUUGCACAUGCACGGCGUCAAAUGCAAUGUCGAGCACGUAAUGCGGUUUCCGGGAGCGUAAAUAAUGGACGCGCGAGUGCAGGGCCGCUAAAAGGUUCAUUAUGAGAAUCAGACUGGCCGCGAUAAGCGCCGGGCUCGUUUUCAAAUGCGAAAUAACACGUCAAUCAUCGCAGCUAUACGUGUGCCAGGCUGCGGAAAAUCUGGCAUACGUGUGCUGAGAAUUCCUUUGUCGAUUUGCCGACAAAAGGUCUUCUCCAGGCUUCAAUUCUUUCCCACCGAACGGGUGCAACUGUUCGGAUAGGGAAAAUCGAAUUACAUGGUAAACUAUACCGAACGUUGCAAAUUCAACUAUGUCGCUACUGAGAGUCGAAUGGUUUAAGUGAUCAAUUUUGAUCGUACUGUCAUUAAGUUUUCUUUAAAGGAGAAUGGAAAAAUCAGGAGAGAUUAUUUAGGAACUGACAUGUUUUGACGAAGAAAAGGAAAUUCAGAGACUAGUAAAUAGAACGAUAUUAGAAAUCACUUUUUCAUUGCUUUUUGCGGAUCAAUUGUUGAUAUCUUUUGGAUAAUCAUUUUCGUUAUAGCUUUUAAAAUUAUGUGAACUUUUUAUUUUCGACUUGCCGUUCUGCUGGAAUCAGGUACCAUGCGGAAAAGAAAUCAGAAGUCGCUAGUCUCUACAAGACCGCCAUUUUGAAAUGUUUCAAUUUUUUUUUGUCUAGAACUCAAUGUAAAGCAUCGAGUAAAAUAGUAAUAGUCUCCAUACCUUUUCAUUUUCUUUUAAGCUCACUCUAAUUAAAACACAUUUCACAAUUUACUAAUCCUUUUAAAAGAGCAUGGGUUAAAAGUACUUAAAUGAAAGAGGUACUUUCGGCUGCAAUCACAUUUGGAUUAGAGUUACCUCGUUAAGUACAUUUGUAUUUGUUCGCCUUAGGGACGGCACGUUUAGUUGAGUUUGCAACGGACAAUGUCAAAUAAUUCACUCGAAACCGGAUGCAAAUGCUGCAUUAUUGCAUCGUCGCUAAUAUUGCGGAUGUUUCGAUGUGUCCUAUGCAAUGUUAGUACGCCGCAAUUGUUAUUGCUGUUAGGUAUGGCACAGACGAUGUAGCGCCUAGCGAAAGUGUGAUAUUACCGUGAGUACUUGAAGCGAACGAAAGCUUGUCCUUUUUCGUUUUUACCCCGUCUAUUUGGGAAGCUAAGGAUUAGCAUUCGACUGAUUUUUAACGUUUCGAUACCCCUUGUACGCAAAUUUGUAUACACGACUCGAAUCUAAGAUUUUAAGCGAGCAGAUGUCCUGAAAUUUGUUUAAACUGCGGCGAAUAGUUGCUUGAGCGCUGCAUAGACUUAAAUCUUAAGAUAACAUAAAAACUCCAGGAGACGUCAGUUAGGAUAAAAUUUUAACUGUUUCGAAUUCUCGCUAUCCAGUGUUUAGAAUGCCUAGACGAAAGCGAACGAGAAUGGGUCUGUUGCUGCACGUUUGCAAAACUUUAUAUGCAUCCUUAAUAUCUGUACAGCGAGCGUAGGUAUAAACGGAUUAAAUAAUGCUAACUUAUGCGCGAAUACUAGAUGACUAGUUAUAUAUAUACAUUAGGUGUACAGUAUUUAUUUUUUAAGAAGAAAAUGCCAAGUGAACAAAGUCACCUAGGAUGAGAUUAAACAAUUAAUUUAAAUAAUUGAUGGCUCGCUCCUACAUGUGGCCGUGAUAAGACCUACUUAAAAAAUUGCAGCAUUUCAAGUGCAUGCUGCGUUUCACUUAUAUAACUUAGCUGUUAAAAGUGGAUAAUUUUGUAAACUACGUUAACGGUGCAGUAUCCGAUCUCAUAGGAAAUCUUCUUCGGCAAUGUUUCACGGUUUCGACGUCUCUGUAUCACUCUAAAUUAAAUAGUAUUGCUUCGAUCUAUCGACUCCCUGAGAAUUUAGGCUCGAUGUUAAACUCUUACUCUAUCGUACAUAUACUGUAGUUGAUCCCAUUUUGUGGAAAAGGACUUUCAGCUCUUGUGAAUUAAUGAUUAGUAUUCAGCGAAGCGUUAGUUUCCUUCGACGGUCUCUGUCAUUACGCGCCUCAUACUGAUAAAAAUGCCCAAGUAAAUUUACAUACUCAAUAAUUGGUUAUUUCGAUGCAACAAUAAAUUGCAGUAAAAUUACGUUGCCUCUGUGAUAACACGCUCGGCAUGUAUGCUAAAUUAAAGAAAAUUAUAAUGAAACGUUAUGUUUAAUUCAAGUAAAAAUGCACUGAUACGAUAAAAAUACAAUGGUACGUGUAUUUAUACAUUUUAUAAUUUGUAAUUUUUCCAUUUUGCGCUUUUCUAUGCGAAACUUCAGUUACGGUGUGUAAAAAUGUAUGUAAAUUUCCAUCGAUUUUUAUCAGUGCACACGGCUAGAUGUCAAACCUAACGUGAGUCAAGUAAUCCAUCAAAUCCUAGAUGAAAAAGACGAACUCAUUAGUUAUCUAACGUAACGCGUAACUUGAAACACAUAGGUGCAAUUAAUUAAUUAGUUAAUUGAUGGUGUGGAACGUUAUCAAGCGAUCUUUACGUGUUUCGCGGCGCUGCCGUUCCAAGCCUUCCAGAGACAUGAGAGUCGCACCUUUUUACCGAGCUUCUCGCUUUUUCCUCUGUACACUGUUAAAAAUGUUUCGAUUUUUCGAACAUUUUCGAAUAUAAAUGUAUACUAAAACCAGAAACCUCGAAAAGAAAAUCGGACAAAUGUAUACACUGCAUUUCCUGGAACACAAUUUCUACGUAAGAACUCGUACAGAAUUCAAAAUUUGUUACAAAACAGAAAGAUGGGGAAAAAAUUCAGCAUAAGUAUUAAUAAAUAUACCAUAGCGCGUUUCUAUGAAAAUACACAAAAUUGUGUACGUAUAGGUGAUCGAAAAUCAGUAUACAAAAAUAUCCGAGUUUUCGUAUACAUGUCGUAUGACAGUUGCAGCUGUGACCGAAAAUUAGUAUAUAAAAGAUUUCGAAAUUUUGUAUACGUAUCUAAAAUUCGUAUACUUGUAAAAUUUCUAACAUAAUCGUUUACGAAAUUUUGAAAUAUUGCGUCUUGGAAUAACUUCGACUAUCUGUAUACUAUAUUUCGAAUACAUGUUUUUAACAGUGUACUUUUUCUAUCGGACUGCAACGUUAUCACUAAUGUAGAUUAUAAGCUCAGAGUUGCACGCGAAUCGCGCCGAAAUGAAAAUGCAACCAACGUACUCACUGGCUUUGCGUGGAGUUAUUAAAGAGCUAUUUCGGGGAGAAACGACAGCACGUAAUGGAGCUUUUUAUGUGUCGUCUUGGCCGAAGGUCCUGAAAAACUAAACGCUAUGUUGGAAAGAACUUUGUCAACGAUUAUUGAAGAGAUACGUGCAAUAAGGAUACGUGCGUAGCAUUUAGCGUGAAGUAUUACCUGUGUAGAGAGUUAUUAUAGUUAGUGGAUAAUAAUUAUUACGAUUAUUGCUAUCACGUUCGAAAUAGAAGACAAUGUUCGGUUAAUCAAAGCAUAUCACUGCAAUGUUAAAAAUCGUGCGCAUGGUAGACGAAAUGACUUUUCAUUAAUCUCGUUCCGUUGUUGUGUUAAAAUUAACAAUUUUUUUUCACGUUAGAUGUUGAUAGCGUUUAAGCGAUAUUGCCAUUGAUGCUGAUUUCACAUCUACUUGCUCCUUCCUAUAAACUCACUCUGAGGCGAUUAAAUAGCUCAUACUCUAAAAUUAUAUCUUUCGAAUACUGUGCAGUGACACUAAUUAUUCCUAGUUAAGAGUAUCGAUGAUAAAUCAGUGAACUAGGAGUCGCUCUGAUUACCGUAUUAUCUAACAGAAAGAAAUCCGCGGUGCUUUAAUUAGAUUCCCGAUCAUUUAAUGUAAGGAAUUAGGUAGAACAACGGUGAACGUUUAAAAUUGCGACUAAAAGUGACGGAAGCGAAAAUACAUUUUUAGACAAAGGGAAGGGCUGUGCGAAAAUGUACUUACAAGUACUUGUUAGUGGAACGCCCGAAGCACAUUUCACCUGAUUAUUUAAUUUAGUGUUACAAAAAUCUUAUUAUGUAUAUCUUGGGUUCAGGCUAGAUGAUUUCUAGUGGAUGUUUCAAAACGCUAUUGUGCUUGUGUAUUCUACUGGUCUGUGUGAAUCUAUUUCUUCUCUAACAACCGCAGAGGCAUCUCUGUGACAUUUUGCUUCAAUCUGAAACAAGUUUAAAAACGUUUCUACAAUCGUUACAUGUAGAUUAAGGAGAUAAUAGUAUUCCGAUGCUAGCGUAAUCACCGUUUUGGAAAUGUCAAAAUCGACAGUUCUCGUUGGUCGUCGUUGGUUGUUACCUUUUUUAAAUUGCUCGUUGAAUAUUUACUAUAAGAAGAAGAAUUAUAAAGUAUUUGCCGCGCAGAAUAUUUUUGUACAUUCAGUGGACGUAACUCGUUGACUAUAUUGUACUUUGAUAAACUUCCCGUGUUUUGAAAAAGCUUCCGUUUAAGUUUGUGGACGACAAAAACGUUUAGUGGAACGCCUUGAGAGUAAUGCAUCUUGUCGCAUCUUGAAAUUAAUAUGCUCUUUACGGCUAUCAUCAGAUAUGUAUAGAGGGAUCUAGAAAUAUCGAUGAACUGUGCGAGCGUAUAAUUUAUAACGAAUCUAAUAUAAUUCAAUCGUAUUGUUAUGCAUUGCAACAACGGCGUAACGAAUCCCGUGAUGGUCUCAAACGGACUGUGAUUGUUAAAUUCCAUUAAUGCAUUUGUGUGUCAGGGUAAAGCUAUUAUCGUUCAAAAGCGAGGUAAUGUGUUGCGAAUCAUUGUAGUCAACGAUUUAUACUUGUGUCUUUUGUCAUAUGGGCUUGAUACGUAGCAGUAAGUGCGUACAAAAAAAUGUGUACAUUGAAAUUACAUUUAAAUAACCGAGUAGGUCUAUACGUUUGUAUAAUUUACAGCUAGAUUUUGCUGUCGGAUAUGCGAACUCGGGACACUAAAAUAAUGUUACACGUAUCUGUGCAUACGAAAAGAAGUUCGAUGUUGACCCCACUCGGAACUAUUUGGUGUAACUAUAACCUGAAAUUGUUUGCGCUAUACGAGUAUCUGUGAACGCUAAAUUUGCAGGAGGAAACCAAUCCAUUUAUCGUAGAUCGCUAGAUACUCGAUGUUGCUAAUCGUUGAAAGUUUAUUUCAAUAAUGGAGUCGUUUCGUUUUUAAAUUGCUUAUUUAUUGCACGAUGAUUGUUAUGCUUCGUGGGUUUUGACGCUUGUGACGCUUAGAUGCCGGUGGACGGUAUUUUCAAUUAAUUCCUAUUAGUUAUAUAAUAUUUAUUAAUUUAUUGUUACUUGUAAUGCGCUUUUACGAGGCACUAUUUUGGAUUGCUUAUACAGCGUUUCGGAUGUACAACGAAAACCGGAGAGGCUCAAGGAAUAUAACAUUGCGAUCAAACGGCAAGUUUUGUCGUGUGUCCUCGGAGUUGAAUGUAAACAAAAGUGUAAAUUCAUACGUAUAGUUCUCUUAUUAUGAUUUCUCAUGGAGUCAGUCGCUUGUAACA